CGUCCGUCAUCUCGCUUCCUGCUUUGGUGAAAGUGAGGCGUUAUUGUGUUUUUAUCGGAGCGCGUAAGUGUCGCACUUUUAAACCGAGGUGAUGACUUUAUCGGUCCAUCACCAUGUCCGGCGACGCACAUCACAGUAGAAGGCGACGCUCCCCCAAAAUGUACAUGGUCGCGUCCGACUACAGAGUGCAGGACCACCUGGAAGGAACCAUUCGCCUGCAGCGGGGGCAGCUCUGUCAGCAGCAGGAGGGAGGAGCGCACAGGAGCGGGAGAGGAGAUUACCUGUGGGUGAAGGUGAUCGAUAAUGGCUGCGUGGUGAAGGUGGACAGACAGGUGCUCAAUGAAGUCCCGGCCGAGUUCGCCGGUCUGCUCGAACCCGUCCCUGACCUGGACGUCCGUGUCAAACUGCUGUCCAGGACGCAGUUCCUGCAGCGAAUGGCGGCUUUAGCGCCGGGGUCAGAGGUGUGGGUCAUCUGGAGCCGCAGCCAAUCAGAGCUCGCCGAGGCGGAGCUUCGUUACCGCGGGCCGCUGACGAGGGGAAGCUCCGCAGUUCAUUUCGGGGUUCAGCUAAAAGGAUGGGCAGCAGGUCGUGGUAAAUGCAAUGGAAGCUAUAAAGGGCAUCAGUUGUUCUCGUGUCCAGACGGCUGCGGUCUGUUCCUCCCGGUCAGUGAGAUCACGCUCCCCCGAUCGUCCCGCGGCGGCAGCUCCAGCGACCGCCCUCCGAACCUCGCGGCGUCCGCUAACAGCCAGAGCCCCGUCAGCAUGCUGUCACGCGCUGCGGAGUCCAGCCCCAAUCCCAGCGUCCCGCAGCCGCUCGCCGUCGGACAGAGAGUCUGCUUCGUCCAGGACGAGUGCGUCCAGCGCGGGAGCGUCCAGUUCUGCGGGCCCCUGUCGAACCGGGCCCCGUCCACGCUUUAUGUGGGAGUGUUACUGGAUCAUCCAGGAGGAUCAUGGGAUGGAUGUCAUAAAAACACCAAACUGUGCUCCAUCCCGUCCCCUGAGUUUGGCACUUUGCUUCCCCUCUCUAAAGUAACUGCAGAAUCUAGAUCUGAACGGUCUCCUCUGGCAGUAACCAGUCCUAAACUGCCACCGCUGCCCGUCCCCAAUAAACCCGCCCUUCAGCCACCAUCGCCCAGCAAUGACUCGUCACAGGCCCUGAACCGUAUGCUCAUCCAGCCAUCCAUGCUGCUGACGGCCAGAAAAGCUCUCCAGCCUCCGUCCUCCUCCGCCCCGAAAGCCGCUCUGGAACCUCCUUCUCCGCUCACGACACUCAAACCUGCCCUGCAGCCUCCCGCGGUCCCGCCCAUCAAACCCCAGGCCACGCCCAUGGCCCCGCCCACCGACCAAUCCCGCUCCUCCAACGGAUUCCACAACCUCCCGUCUCCACCAAUCGCUGAGCAGAGGGCGGAGCUUGGCACCUGGUUGGAGGUGGGUUCCAUGGUGGAAGUGAACGACCCGCCCCUUUUCGGAGUCAUUCGCUGGAUUGGACAAAUCAACAACAUCCCGGAACCAGUUGCUGGAAUCGAGCUGGAUCAGGAGUUGUCCGCCGCCACAGAUGGCAGUUAUCUCGGUGAACGUCACUUCCACUGUCCCGCUCACAAAGGCCUGUUCGUCAGACUGAGGAACUGCAGACGCGACUCCAGGUUUCCUGAGCCUGAGCUGCCCAUCAAUCAGGUCGACCGCUGCAACUCCAUCGCGUUUGCUAACUGGAGCAGUAAGCGUGUGGAGGAGCACACGCCUCCGCUGUGCGGUCCGGACGCCCGUCUGACAUACGAGGGCUUCAAGAAAGGCAUUCAGGGUCACCUCAACUCCUGCUACCUGGACGCGUCUCUCUUCAGUGUGUUCUCGUGCUGCAGCUCGUUCGACUGGCUGCUGUGA